AUGAAAUCCUGGGUUCUGUUCAUGGCUCUGGCAGGCACUAUAGUCGGAGCAAAUACCAUAUCGAUGAUGCCAAAUAUAACACUAGGCGUACGUUUUGUAUGUGAUUCUUCAUUGGUGAAGGCACGCCAAGAAAAAAAUCACACUACACCUCUUCGGGAAUAUAUAAGUAUAUUUCUUAAUACGGUGGAAUUUUAUUUACGGAAGUCAGAAUGUCCGAAAGUAAAUUUAGUUCUCACUGGUGUAAACGAAACAACGAAAGAAGAGGAGUCUCACUUUGAGAAAACGGACAGCAAAUAUAGAGUAACCCUUGACCCAACAUUUACGCUGGGAAUGUUUCAGGCAUGGGUUGAAAAAAAUAUAAAUUUUAAUAAUGAUGACAUUGUAUUCUUGCUAACCAGCAUCCUCAUUGAAGAUCACAUUGGAAGUGGAAUUAGUCCAAAUGGCUAUUCUUAUUUCAACGAUAUCUGCUCUUUAGGCGUUGGGCUUGUCCGUGACUCAGGAGUUAUGUUUGACGGUGUGUUAUCUGUGGCCCAACAAAUAGCACAUAUGUUGGGCUCUCCGUGGGAUAUAAGUGAUACCUGUCCAGAAAGCGGUAGAACCUUAAUGGCUACGAGGUAUUUGACUAGUCCCCGAGGUUUAUCAGAAUGCACCAAAGAGGUUUUGCGUCAGCAAUACAACAAUAAUACAAUGAAAGACGUCUGUUGGAAAAAGACCCCGAAGCCCGAUGUUUCCUCCAAUCGGAGCCUUCCAGCGACAUACUUCAAAGCAGAAAACUACUGUUCUACUCGACAUUCCCAUGGAGUUUUCAAAUGUCCUGAGGGCAAUAAAUAUCACGUUGCUAACGCUACAGAAUGUUUCAUGGGCUGUUGCCUAAACAAUACCGUGAAUGCUAGGGGUUUCAGAUAUGAGUUGCCUGAUGGCACUCCAUGUGGAGACAACAAGAUCUGCAUUUAUGCGACUUGUUCAGAAUUUUCUGAGGAAAACAGCAACUAG